UAUUCCUGGGUUAAAAAUUAAAGUGAAGGCAGAAAUAUAAUAUAAAAGUCGAAUGGAGUUGAGACAGUAAAAUCUUUGAGAAUUUGUACUUGCAAUUGUUUACUCGACGAACAGGAGUCAGAAUCCAUGGUUAUAUUUUUUUACUGGUGAUAGCGGAAACAGCUAAUCUUUGACAUCGAGAUGUCAAAAUAUGGAUAGAGGGCGCUCCGAUAAUCGAAUUUUUUAACCCCACAUUAUCGAGACCAUCGUAUGUAUAUUUAAACAUGGCGUCAGUUUUGGAGUCGAUGGUUGUUGAUGAUAAACAAUUGCCCGAAAAGCCAGUGGAUAGAGAAAAGACAUGUCCCUUACUUUUACGAGUAUUCUGUAAUACUGGUCGCCAUCACAACAUAAUGGACUACAGUCGUGGAAAUGUUCCCUCGAAUGAACUCCAAAUUUACACAUGGAUGGAUGCAACUCUCCGGGAAAUAACUGGUUUAGUUAAAGAAGUUAAUCCAGACGCCAGAAGUAAGGGAACAUAUUUUGAUUUUUCGCUGGUUACUCCAGAAUUAAGGAAUUCUGGCUACAGAAUGAGGGAAAUUGGAGUCACCUGCUCCGGACAGAAAGGAGCUGAUGAUAAUAAAACAUUGGCUCAAGCAAGAUUUACGAUUGGCGAUUACCUGGACAUUUCCAUCACUCCUCCAAAUAGAAUGCAGCCAGCAAUUAGACGAGGAGGUCCCCGCCAAUAUUGAAAAAGCAUCCCCAAUUGUUAUUCCCUCCCAACGUCAAAAAGAACAAUCAACAUUUAGUCAUAAAUCACACAAUUUUUUUAUUUGUAAACGCAAUGAAAAAAAAAAAUUUAUAUACAAAAGAUCACAUUAAAUAACGCAAGAUAAACCGUA